UCAGAAAAACCGUCCAUGAUUGAAAAGAUUUCAUCUAGAACGAAACCAAUAGCUGCCACACGCAAGUCAUGGCCAUGUUCUGGGAUUACACCAGCCAGUGUGAAUCCAACUCGUCCGACAGCUCAACCAGUGUCGUCGUUUAAUCGAUCGAGUGCUAAAACAGAAAGAUCCCAUGUGCAGAAGAAAAACAUCAAGGAAACUAAUGACAGUACGAGAAACUCGAGGCAUGUGAAUGAGAAGAAGGAAAUGGUGCAGACAAAGACUGGAACAAUAACAAAAACAAAAGUUACACCUUCUAGAGAUGCCAAUGUUCCUGUGAAGUCCAGUAUCCGUGACAGGAUAGCCAAAAAAAGCAGCAUAGUGCCACUAGAAUCAAAGUCCUUCCAUAAGGGUUCGAGAAAUAGCUUAGACAAUAGUAGUCCAAUGGCUAACAAGACAAAGCCUUCAAAACUUUCUAAGACUGCUGAUUCUUCAAAGAACAGCAAAAAAUUGACUCAUGAUCAAGAAGUUGAGGUUGCAGAUCCUGAUAAAGGGGAUGCUUUGUCACCAGCUCGUUGUGAUAUCGAAACUGUUGUGAAUGAUGAACAGGAUAGUGAGAUGCUUACUUCAAAUGUUGUAGAUGCUGAUCAUGGUGGUGCUCUACAUUUACCAAAUGAAGAGAAAUCUUCUUUGGAAAUUGUAGCUGAAGGAGAAUCAAUGAUCCCAUCAAAGUCCAUAGAGGAAAUAGAAGAGUUUGAAGAGAUACCAGCCAUCAAUGAUGAGCCACCUCAUCUUGCAUCACUGGAAAAUGCUGCACCAAUCGAAAAUCGCCCUGUUCGUCUCUCUUUGUCUCAAAUGCUGCAGGAAGACAAUAACGAACUUGAUAAUAAUGAUUGGGGCAUUGCAGAAAAUCCUCCCAUGAUGAACUAUCAAAGGGGUGCACCGAAAGGAUUUAAGAGACUCCUAAAAUUUGCAAGGAAAAACAAGGGAGAAGCAAACAAUGGUGGUUGGUCGAGCCCUUCCGUGGUUUCUGAGGGUGAGGAUGAUUCUGAAGAAUCUAAAUCUCUGAACACAAAAAAGAUGGACAGUCUAUUGAUGAAAGCUACACUUAACUCUGGUCUUGUAAAGGCUUCUCUUGACAAAAGCUUUGAUCAUGACAAACUAUACUCAGAUACAUAUGGUGCACCGAAUUUUAGUUCCAAGUUCCAAGAAAGCCAUGAUCAUGCUACAGUUUCUUCUACUAAAGUAGGCAGGUCUUUCUUCUCUCUAUCUGCUUUUAGGGGUAGCAAAUAGAAAGAAUGAACCAAAAGCUGCAUUAAUUCUGGGAUGACAAUGGAUAUUACCAUCUCAUUCUCUGCCAUCUUCUUCUUCAAGGUGAAUAUUGUGAGUGAAGCUUUCCCUCUCUUCCAUACUACAAAAUUUGUAUUGUAUCUCUCUGAACAUAAAGAUUGACUAACACGUAGUAUUCGAUAGCUUUUCUAAGCAUUUUGAUCUUCAAUUCUUGUGGACCUACUGAAUAUACUGAUGAACACUGAAACUGACUGAGAAUUUGAUAUUAAAAGCUGGAAUUUAGUC